UUAAAGUUCUACAAUGAACCCAUCAGAGAUGCAAAGAGAAGCACCUCCGCAGAGACAGAAAACCCACAAUCGAGCAUCAUCGACUCGCCAGGUGAACAAAAUGGUGAUAUCAGAAGAACAGAUGAAGUUGCCAUCCACAAAGGAAGUGGAGCCGCUGACCUGGGCCCAAUUAAAGAAGCUGACACAGUUAGCUGAAAAAAGCCUGAAGAAAACAAGGGUAACACAAACUCCAGAGAAUAUGCUGCUUGCAGUUUUGAUGAUUGUAUCAACCGUGUCUACAGGUGUAUCCAGCAGCUCUGAAGAGACAGCAACCAGCAAGAAUGGGCCAUGAUGACUAUGGCGGUUUUGUCAAAAAGAAAAGGGGGAUAUGUAGGGAAAAGAAAGAGAGCUCAGACUGUUACUGUGUCUAUGUAGAAAAGGAAGACACAAGAAACUCCAUUUUGAUCUGUACCCUGAACAAUUGUUUUGCCCUGAGAUGCUAUUAAUCUGUAACUUUGCCCCAAACUUGAGCUCACAGAAACAUGUGUUUAUGGAAUCAAGGUUUAAGGGAUCUAGGGCUGUGCAGGAUGUGCCUUGUUAACAAUAUGUUUACAGGCAGUAUGCUUGGUAAAAGUCAUCACCAUUCUCCAUUCUCGAUAAACCAGGGGCACAAUGCACUGUGGAAAGCCGCAGGGACCUCUGCCCUGGAAAGCCAGGUAUUGUCCAAGGUUUCUUCUCCCUGAGAUAGCCUGAGAUAUGGUCUUGUGGGAUGAGAAAGACCUGAUCAUCCCCCAGCCCAACACCUAUGAAGGGUCUGUGCUGAGGAGGAUUAGUAAAAGAGGAAGGCCUCUUGCAGUUGAGAUAAGAGGAAGGCCUCUGUCUCCUGACUGCCCCGGGAAUGGAAUGUCUCAGUAUAAAACUGAUUGUACAUUUGUUCAAUUCUGAGAUAGGAGAAAAACCACCCUGUGGAGGGAGGCGAGACAUGCUGGCAGCAAUGCUGCUCUGUUACUCUUUACUCCACUGAGAUGUUUGGGUGGAGAGAAGCAUAAAUCUGGCCUAUGUGCAUAUCCAGGCAUAGUACCUUCCCUUGAACUUAUUUGUGACACAGAUUCCUUUGCUCACAUGUUUUCUUGCUGACCUUCUGCCCACUGUCACCCUGUUCUCCUGCUGCCUUCCUCUUGCUGAGAUAGUGAAAAUAAUAAUCAGUAAAUACUGAGGGAACUCAGAGACCGGUGCCAGUGCGGGUCCUCCGUAUGCUGAGCGCCAGUCCCCUGGGCCCACUUUUCUUUCUCUAUACUUUGUCUCUGUGUCUUAUUUCUUUUCUCAGUCUCUCAUCCCGCCUGAUGAGAAAUGCCCACAGGUGUGGAGGGGCUAGCCCCCUUCAACAUGCGAACAGUGCUUCAAUCUUGCUGAAUCAUUUGUAGUGACUUUGUAAACUCAUGCCCUUUCUUCAUGAAAAUGUCAUUUGUUGAAAAUGCUGUUUACACUGCAGAAGUGACCUCCCCUUUCUCUUGGUUAUUUCCUAUGUAAAACCUUCCCCAAACUUCUCAGGCAUCAUUAAGCCCAACCAUCUUGGUGACCAUA